UGUAAAGAACAUAGUUCAUUACAAAGCAGUGGGCUCGAGUCUGUGAUGCUCUUCAAGUUAGAACUGUAUCACAGACAUUCAUCCUGGGAAAUACGGGAAUGCUUCAUAAAGAGGUUCAAAACAAGUUCUUACCCUAAAAAAGCAGGUUUUACUUUGCAUAACUAGUAUUCCAAACGUGUUUACCAAGGUGUAAGAGUCAAACAUACCGUUAAAGAUCUUCUGGCUGAGAAAAGAUCAAGGCAGACAAAUGUACCAAGGUUUAAUAGUGGAUCUAACAGCACACAGCCAGCUUUUGUCCAAAUGUCAGGUUCACAAAUGCUGUCUGGGUUCUAUGGUAUGAGACGGUCCUUCUUAUCAGAUUCAGAAUUUUCACACUGUCAUACAACCAAACAGUUUGCUUCUGAUGUCUAUUCUACAUCUUUGGGAGGAAAACCUCUGACAUGUGAGGCUUCAUCCAUGUCCGGAUACUCCUCACUAAUAGACACCUACUAUCCAGAGCCUUUUGGAGACUAUCGCACCAGUUCUUUCUCAACAGGAAGCAGUCCAAUCUUCUCAACAUCUGCAUUACCGUCACUGCUACCUCCCUUUUCUGGAGAAUCGACUCAUUUUCUAUUGCGAGACACUUGGGAACAGACAGUGCCUGAGAGUGCUACCCAAACAGAUGGCCUUUGUUCAGAUACAAUCUCUUCAAUCCCAUCCAACAAUAGCUUGACUAGCCAAGAAUCUGGAAGCCCCUCUCAACACAGAGCCUCAAGCAGAAAUACAAGCAUUGGAAAUUCUCAGUCCUACGCUUUGCAUUCCCUCGAGGAUGUCCAUUACCCUGCCACAUACCCAGGAUCCUCAAGUUAUUCCUGCCCACCUUAUAUGACAAUUCCAAGUGAUCUCCCAUCCAAGAUAUCCCACCUAGCACCCGAAGGUUCUGAAAAUCAAGCAUCAGCUAUUAACGACACCACUCCGUCUUGGGCGAAAGAUGAUGGAAAUGGGACAUGGUCACCAUAUGACAUUAGGAGGGCAUAUUAAUGAGAAUUAAAUAAGGAUUUUGAAAGUAUCUGCUGGUAAAUCAACACAUUUUCAAUGAAAACAUGAAGUAUAUAAAGAUAAAAAAAAUCAAUUUUUCUUUAACACUGUGAGAUAUAAGUUAACUCAUAUACAAAUGAUACACUUUUCUUGUUUAUUACUAGAUAUAUAUUUUUCCCUACAAAAAUUACAAAGCUUCGGGACUCCUUAUUAUGUUAUAAUUAUUGGAAGACACGUUUCCAUUUUCUGAACAGCAAAAAUGAAAACUAGUAUACAUUUAUUAUAUUGUGAUUUCUAUCACUAGAUUUUAUCAAUUUAAAAUUAACCAUGAAUCCCAUGUCAAUAAAAAAGGAGACAUUUGUAAAAUCCAUGCAUUUUGAUACCAGUUUAACCUUUCGCAUUUGAUAUUACAUGAACUGUUUAUUUUCUAGGGACUGGAAUGAAUAAUCUCUUAAUUUUUGUUAUUCUUGUGCUUUGACAUCAAAAUUUAAAAUCAUUUGAUUUCUUUUUAUUGUUAACAGACCUUUAUUCUUAUUCCUCAUGGCUAAAUACCAAAUAAGUGAUAUUUAAGUGCAGUUAGUUUUUUUUUUUUUUUCUAACAGAAGUUGUAAUUUUGCUUUAUUAUAUUUUGAUGGGAAUAGAACAAACACCUUUCGUUGGUUUACAGAUGUAUGUGAUAUAAAGGAAAAUACUUACUGUAAACAAAAUACACCAUUAGUGGAUUGUGAGUGCGAUAUGACAAAAAGUGAAGGAAUCCCCGGGAAGUAUGAAUGUUUCGACUGGUGCAACAAUAGUUGCUAAGAACAGUUCUUGCAGCUGUAGUUCAGCUGCUUGACGGUUUUCUGGCAAUACUGCAUUUACAAUGAAGGCUUAUUGUUUUAUUUGUUUAUUCAAGUUUAUUGAAUUUUGCUUUCACAUUUAAGAGCUUAUAAAAGUGACGCAGUCACUUCUGCUAGACAGCAAAAAUAUACAGUAUAUAGUAGAUUUAGUAUUAACUAUAAAAAACAAACUAUUUUUGUGUUAUACACAACACUGUAAGGGUGUCAAGCCAUUUAAAAAAAAGUCCAAAUAUGUUAAUUUCUAGACCAAAUUCAAGGGUGCAUUAAGUCAUGAAAAUGGGCUUUUUCGAAAUUUGAGUAGAAAAUAAUGCAAACUCAUGGUACUGAUAUACUCCUAAAAGAUGACUGAUCAAAUCUUACCACAAACUGUAAUAAGACCCUACUUAUUCUUUUGAACAGUAGUAUGAGUACAUAUGUUUACUGUAUGUUAAAAUAAGCAUUUGUUCUUAUACCAUUUCAAACACUAUGAAAUGCUCUGAAUAUUGAAGUACUUAAAUGUAAAUUAAGUAUUAUUUAAAUGGGAAGCAUUACAGCAUGGGUCCUUGGUUAGUACUUCUAAUAAUAAUAAUUCCAUCCAUCCAUUAUCCAACCAGCUAUAUCCAAACAUAGGGUCACGGGGGUCUGCUGG